UUUUUAACCUGGCACUACUGAAUGGAAUUGUUAUGUACAUGUAUAUCUCUUUUGCCAAUAACCAGGUCGGCAUGGAAAAAAGGCUCACUGUCUUGGCACUGCUUCAAAUCGUUCAGUUUCUUCUGCCUCUUCUGUGCCUGGCAGUAUAUCUCAUUGCCAGGUGCUAUGUACACCUGAAGAAGAAGAAAGGAUACAGAGUCUUGCAAAUGUCACACACUUCACAGUAACAAUUGUUUCUUAACAAUAACUGAUACUGCAUAAACCUUGUUCAAUAUACAGUAGGUACAUGUUUGUAUUAGCUCUGUAGCUGUGUACAGAUCUUUGAUAUGCUCUUGGCACACCUGUACUGCGAGGGUUUUAAACUGUGCGUGUGUGAAUGAAUAAUUCUUAUAUAAGCACAGGCUAUAGGCUGGACCAACCCGUUGGUGUGUAUCAAAAACAUACUUAGAGUAAGUAUUUUAGUCCAGUACGCAAUAAUGUAUGUAGCCUGUUUCAAAUCAAGUAGUCGUGUUGCUGGACUGUGUGGUUAACGGUACCUUUUGUUUAAUUUACUCUAUGUGUAUUGUAAGUCCCCUAUAUGUGUCGUCUUCCUAGCUCAUCUGUUUUCUUCUGUCUUACUCUAUAUAACGUGAACUUUUACAUGCACAUACGUUACUUCUCGUCCAUCUUAUUCCUUACACCACCUGUCUACCCACCCCAACAGAGGGAGGUUUGGCAUCAUCCACAAGUGCAUCCACCGGCAGACGGGGAUCCAGAUGGUUGCCAAGUACGUGAGACUCCGCUCACGGAAGAAGGCCGAGAUAAGGAGAGAGGUGGACAUCUGCCGCAAGGUCACCGGCCGCUCUCCAUACCUCAUGGAGUUCCAUGACGUCUUCGAGAGGGGGAAGAACCUGGUCAUUGUGACUGAACUGGUCCCAGGUGGUCAGCUGAUAGAGCGUAUUCUUGAGGACAACGACCUGACAGAGGGAGUGGUGGUGAGGUAUCUGUCCCACCUCCUGGCUGCCCUGGACACGCUCCACACGAUGAACAUCGCCCACUUACACAUCAAGCCUGAGAAUCUGCUCAUAUCUGGAGUGGAGGAAAACCCUAUCAUCAAACUCAUAGACUUUGGCUCGGCUCAGGAACUGAAUGGUGAUGUCGCAAUGAUUGCAAGCUCCUCCCCAGAGGUCAUAGGUCAGGAGGGACCUCAGCUGGUGUCAGACAUGUGGAGCGUUGGUGUUCUCACUUAUGUUCUUUUGGGUGGGACAUCUCCGUUCUUCUCUGAGAAUGCGGUGAUGGUGGUGGACAGAAUCAAGGAGGCUCGCUACGACUUCUACGGAGAGCAGUUUGAGCAGAUCUCGACGGAGGCCAAGGAGUUCAUAUCGGCUCUGCUACAGAAGAGCCCAGAGUAUAGGAUGAGUGCCAGUCAAGCUCUGCAGCAUGACUGGAUCACUACACUGCUGCGGGUGUCAGUGCAGGACUCAGUGUCCCCGUGGCCCAUGGCCAGAAUAGACACCGCCAGACUCAAGGCCUUCAACGCUCGACGCAAGUGGCAU